CUGACAUGGCGUCUUGAAGUGUAGUGUGGGAUUUCGAUCCUGGCAAGGAUUUCAUCCCUCUUCAAUGCCAACGCUACUGAAAUGCCCAGGUGUUCGGGUGAUGUACGGAAUUCCACCACCUGCUAGCAACCACCAUCGGUAGCCAUGACGUCAGCACUGCAAUCGCAGCGAUUCUGCCUUCGUUGGAACAACCACCAGUCAAAUCUUCUCUCCGUGUUUGAUCAACUAUUACAUGAUGAAUCGUUUGUGGAUGUUACGCUCGCAGUCGAAGGGCGUUUACUUCGCGCCCACAAAAUGGUGCUAUCAGCUUGCAGCCCCUAUUUUCAAGCCCUGUUCGUAGGACAUCCUGACAAGCACCCUAUAGUCAUACUGAAAGAUGUACCCUAUUGUGACAUGAGGAGUUUAUUAGACUUUAUGUAUAGGGGUGAAGUUAGUGUUGAUCAGGACCGCCUGACUGCAUUUCUAAAAGUUGCUGAAUCAUUACGGAUAAAGGGAUUAACGGAAGUGAAUGAAGAAAGAUGUGAUAUACCCUCCAUAACCUCUUCUCUGCUUUCAUCUGUUCCCCCACCUGUUGUGACUACACAUACACCACCACCGCCGCCACCACCACCGCCUCCUCCACCACCUCCACAUCUUCACCGAAUACAUCCUCCAACACCAACAGCACAGAAGCGUUCUGCAUCAGCAGCGACUGUAGCAAACCCGUUGUUAGGAUCAGCUCUUACAGCCCCUAAGAGAAAACGUGGCCGUCCAAGAAAACUGUCUGGCAGUAGUGGUGGCACACCGGCAAAUUUACCUGGUGACACUCCUCCUGUUGCUGUUAGAAAUCAAAGCCAGCCAUUGUUAGAUGGUAAUGGUGAAUUGGACCCACCUAUAAAGAUAGCUCAAGCUCCAGAUUCAAUAGUGCAGGGAUCUCCAGAACUGUUGGAAGUGAAUUUUCAACAUUCACCUGCAACAACAUCUGCUUCUUCAUCAGUGCAAAGGCCAACCGAAGGAGAAAAUGGGCAUGGGCCUUCAAGUGCACCAUCUCCGGAGGAUGAAAAAUUAUCAUCAAAGGAUGGUCCUGUCCAGCAAGUUAAAGAAGAGCCCGAACCAACUCCAGGACCUUCAUCACAAGAUCCAGGUCAAGCAUUUACGCAGUCCAGUGAUGGAACAAGAGAUCCAACUGAAAGUUUUGCACUUGUUAAAAUGGAGAACGAUGCUGACAGACAGGAAUAUGAAUCAUCCCUUCCUGAUGAUGAAAAUGACUUGAUCACAUUGUCUCCAUCAUCGAGUACAGCUGAAACUGCUCACUAUGAAGAAAAUAAUUCAGAAAUUAACAGUAGAAACCCUAACUAUGAGAAUGGAAUGUUACUUAGAGAUGAAAAUACAGAUGAAGUGUUAGGAGCUGGUAGUAAAUACGACCCCUACUCUAAAUUUCAUUCAGUACCUAUUUUUGCAUUUGAUAGCUAUGAUGUUUCAGGAACAGAUAACAUUGAGUUUUCAGGUAAUGUUAGACGAAAUGUACAAGACUCCUUGGAAGAGGAUGGAGAUAAUUCAGGAAUGGGCUCAACGCGGCAGUAUUGUAUACGGGAAGCAGAAAAUGUGUACCGUUGCAAAAUUUGUAAUAAAACAUAUACACACAUUAGCAACUUUUGUAGACACUAUCUGACUACACAUAAACAAACAAAGCAGUAUUUUGUAUGUCCACUAUGCAGCAAAGAAUUCACUCGCAGAGAUAACAUGAUGACACAUCUUAAAGGUGUACAUAGGCUUUCAUGAAGCUUGUAACGUCUCGCUCCUUAGCUCAGUGGUGAAGGUUGUACAUUUGGUAGUAAUCUAUGUUCUUGCCCACUUAUAAUGUUCUGUAAUAUGUUUCUAGUUGAAUUAUCUUUGCUCUAGUAUUUUGUUGGAAGCAGUUCACUGUAUCCUGUGUAACAAUUUCUGUGCAUAGUAAAGCAAUGAAAGAGGGGAUGUUUUGCUGAUGAGUCCUUGUGAGCUGUUAAUUUUGUAAGGCUUAGCAAAGUUCUCAAAACGUACACUCAGCAAGAGAGAAAGAGGGGGGGGAUCAUUUUAUGAAUUAUUGUAUGGGAGCAGCCAUAUCAUUAGAAUAUCAUUGUAAUGUUUAUUGCGGUAGCAUAAAUUCCAGGAUGGAAACAAAAAGCAGAAAUGAGAAAUGGCAACCAUUUACCUGUAGCCGAUUGAUGGAAAUCUACUGACCUGUCAGAUACACGCUGUAAACUAUGUCCGUCUCAGAUGUCUUCGGUUUCAACAAGUCAUUAAAUCAUAAAUAUACUUCCUUUUGUAAAUUUUACACAGAACAACAAAAUUUAAAAAUAUUACAGGCUGGAAUAAGACUUUUAGAGAUUUCAUGCAUGUAUAGUAUGUGUAUUAUUUAUGGAAAAGGUUUCAAAGAAGGAGAAAAAUUUUGAAAAAUCUGGCAUUCAAUUAGUUAUCAAUCAUGUCCAAUGUUGAAUUUAGACACUAAUAUCACUGCUGUCUGUUCUAGUGCCCUGAUUAUUAUUAUUAUUAUUAUUAUUAUUUCUACCUUCAGAUUGUUAACAUCACAGCUGAUACCAGUCUCCAAUGAGAUUGCUUUGAAUCACUCACUUGUUGCAGAAACUAUCACAACUAUCCUCAGUAGUCAUUACCUGUUCAAAUAAGAUUUUCCCAAUAUGUUACACAAUCCCUACUACACAACAUACUAUUCUUCACUUUCUUGUCUCUCAUAUUGACAACAAUUACUAACUUCAGUAAGAUAACUACUUUACUUGUCGUAAUUCCCAUCGUGGCAUGAUGCCUGAAUUUACAGCUUCCUGUUGGUUGUCCACCACCUGGCAUAGUGACCAGAUUUCUUGAAUGUUAGUAACUUCCAUAUUAUUCAUGUGAUAGCGUUCCAGUCACACAAUUCUUCUUCUGCUCCUGUUCUUGCCCAUAUUUUGGACUACAUUUCAAUCGGUCUUUAUUCAUAGUCGUUUUUCUUUUUAUAAUUUGCAGCUUGCAUAAUUUCAGCACCUUAUUCCUCAGCCCAAACAAAAUGUAAAUCACUGAGCUGUCAAGUGAGUACCUCAUAAUUCUUCUUCUUCUUCUUCCAAAGUCUAUUUUAUGAUUACUAGUUACUUUGAGUAACUCCACAAAAAAGCAUUGAAGUAGGCUUCAUUUUCUCUUUCCAGACAUGAUAAUCAGCUUUUAAAUUCAUAGUAUACGCCAUGCAACAGCACAUAACUGGGUGAAGUUUAAAUUAAGUGAACGAGUUGCAGUAGGACAUAGUUCAUACUCAACAAAUGUUCAUUUGGAAAUUCACUCAAGUGACUUAUAAGACACUAUCAUGCAAGUUUCAAGUAAACUUGAUACUGAUUGUAUACGUUUGUAUUCCGUGUUACCUUGUACAGUGACGAUACUUCUAUUUAUGUGGUGCACUUUUCAUCUCCAGCAGUUAGCAAAGCCCACAAAGAACUCUCUGGGAAUUUAAAAUUUGUGAUAAAAAUAUUUCAUAAACUACAGCAACAUGUUAUUUUAGUAAAAGUAUACAUUUUUGGAAACAAAAUAUCUGGACUAUAAGGCAAUAUCACUGAAUUUUUGAAAAGAUUAUAUUUUAAGAUUCAGACCACCUAAAAUUCUUACAAUGACAAUAAUUUUGAAUGGUUAUAACUUUGUAAUUACACUGUUUUCAGGAAAGACAAGAUGCCUGUAAAUGUAAAUUUUAGAAGAUUGCAAAUUGAGUAAGAGUUUUGGAGAUUUCAUAUAUGCAUAGUAUGUAUAUUGAGGGUAACAACUCACUUAAUAGUAGAGGUGUCGUCAACAGGCAUGUAAAAGAGACUGAGAACUUUGCUAACUUUCAGACAUUUCAAGCUAGAGUAUGCUGCUUCCCUCCCCCCCUUCUGUAUGAUUAUAUUUUGUGACAGCUGGUUUUGUGUGUGUGUGUGUGUGUGUGUGUGUGUGUGUGUGUGUGUGUGUGUGUGUGUGUGUGUUUCAUUUUCAGCCGUAUUUAUGCAUUUGGUAACAAAUCAACACCUCCACUGUUUGGUGAGUUGUUACAUUCACUACAAAUUAUUUGCAUUCUACCAGAAUUUUCAGUUAGAAUGUAGUAAGCAUGGAAAAUAGGUCAGAAAAGCAAAAAGUAAUAGCCACAUUAGAAAUGGUAAUAUAGCAAGUGGAGCUGUUCCAUCUUACUAUGUUUCUCAACGUGUGGUUCAUAACACCUGUAUUUCAUGUGUAUGCACCACACAUCAUCCGAUCAUAGGUGAGGGAUUAAUUGCCUCAUUUUUGUUUGUUAUGUUUAUUUUGGUUUCUAGUGUUGCAGUCUCUUAAUAUUGUAUUAAGAGUAUUUCCUCGUGGUGUACCAUGUCAUUUACAUUUUAUAACUUGGUAUCUAGUCAAGAUUUUAUUUGAGUUACGCCCAAAUAAAAAAAAAGUAGCACUGCAUAAGAUGUGAGCUGAUGACACUUCUUAUAAGAUGGAUCAGUUUUUUUUUUACCUGAUCCACUAUAGUGAAAGCCUGUAGCUCAUACAUAAUUCCAGAUACACUGUUAGGUAUUGGGUGCAUAUCUGAAAAUUAACUUCAGUUUUAUCCUUCGUUGUGGACAUGGAUAUGGCAAUAAUGAAAAGUAAUAAAAAUUUCGAAGAUUAUUUUGAUCUCAUGUGAUUAGCUAUGGACAGGUUACACACAUUCCCAAUAAUUUGUUCUGCUGUAACUUUUCAUUGGGAGAAAUUAUCAAUGAACAUCAUUUCAAUGCUACCCUAUACAUUCUCUUCUUUUCUUCAAAAUGUUCAAUAUUCUUCUACUUGAAUGGGUAGUACUUUGGACUAUUUAAAAAUAAUAACAAUUUUUGACAGUCAGUUGUGUAACUGUCAGACUUUCCUAUUCAGCUAUAAAUUGAGUUGUUAUUUAGUCCUUCCAUGUUUUAUAUUCCUCCCAAGGCUUUCCAUUAUCAUCUCUCUUUUUAUUUUGCUUUGCUAUUGAAAGUGCAUUAGAAGUCCAUAUACUUCAAAAAAUAUAAAUCAUUGCAGUCCAAAGAUUCAAAUACCAUAUUUGUCUCCCUUGAGACAUGUAAUUUACUCUAACCAUGACAUUUUGGCUUAUAAAAAAUGAAAUAAGUUACUUCUCUGCAUAUUCUUGGCACACCAUGACCAGAACAACAAAAAGAAACCCAGUAGCUGCAUAAUGUCAAGGAAAUAUUAUUUGUAAUUUUUUUAUUUUUUAAAUUGUGAAAAAUGUUAGGUUGUGAUAUUAGAACCAAAGGUUAUAUAUUAACAAACACUAUGGCACCACAUUGUGUACUUAACUAUUGAUUGAAAGCUGACUGCAAAUGCUAUGCCAAUCCAAACAUUGUUUAUUUUUUAAGUCUUCAAUCUGUGACAGACUCAGUGAGUUGUAAUUUUUUGUCGUUUUUGAAUAUAAUUCAUUACUGUAUUUGUUUAGGUUGUGAUUGCUUUUAUGUAUUGUUUACUUUGUUUCACAUGUUUGAUUUGGGGCAAUUUGAACAUUUAUUCGUAUCGCUUAAUACAUAUCUUUUGUCUGUGAUAGUUAUAUUCAUUAUUAUUAGGAAGAUGUUGGAAUUUUAUCUUUAGUUAGGUGGUUACAUUUUUGGUUGUACUUGUUAAAUUUUUAUUUAUUUAUUUAUUUAUUUAUUGCUAAUAGAAUAUGAUUCUGCCAAUAUUAAUUAGGCAGAAAUGUGAGAUGCACAAUGACCUGUUCCAUUAUUGAAAGCACCGUAUAAUGUUAUCUUAUUUCUACUUUCAUAUGUGUGAUAAAGAAUUGUUAUGAGCAGGUUAAAAGAAUCUGUACCACAUUUGCAGUGCAGUACUAUUUGAACAGAAGCCAUAUAAAUUUCUAGUGGUCACUGAUAUCUGUGACAUGUUUGUAAAACUUAGGGCUGUGAAUUGUGAUUGUUAGUCGUAUUACCCUAUUUACAUGGGUAAAUUAAUGACAGCUUUAUUGUAAGAGUUAGGUGAAUGUAAAAAAUAGUUAGCAACUUUUUUGUUGUUGGCACUUAUUUUUAAACUGAUAUUUUGCUCUCUACAAGGUUAUAGAAAUUCUCAAAGUGCCUUAAUUAUAAUGAACAUUAAAGUGUCAUUUAAAAGCUGUAAUUGAAACUAUGUUUAAGUUAGAUAUGGUCACUGUAUUUCAUGUGCCACAUAUUGGAAAUCAGUGAUUUUUGAGAUAUUUUUCUUUGUUUUUGUAAAUUUUAGUGAGUGGUGAUUGAUUACUUUUAAACACUUUAAAAGUAUAAAAUUAUAAUUUAAAACACACGUAUUGUAAUUUGUCA